UGUGAAGUUAAACACAGAGGGGAAAGGAAUACCAGCACAGAAGCCUCUGUACAAACAAACACACAUAUGGCCUUGGAACAACCACACAGGACCUUUGGAAAGGUCACCACUGUCUUUGCAACCAAGCUCAAGUCUUUCAGCUUUGUACCGCUUCUGAAAAGAUUGCCUAUAGAGUACAGGGUUACAGCAACCUUGAAAAAGGCACUUCAGACAAGCACGCUAAACAAGACACAAGAGCCAGAGGACUCUGAAGAGAUCAUGGCCGAUGAGGGAGUUUACAAGGCUGAGGUUAUUUACAUCCAAGAUCCCGAGGAGGGCAAGCUUGGAGAAAUGUUCAAGAACACCAGUCAAAGUGAGACUCAGCCAACUGACAACUUAGCCCUUGACCAACCCACCACCCUACCUGGGCCUCACACGGAAUUUGGUAGCAUAACCCCCAAGCCUAACCUUGCCACCAUGGAAACCAUUGAUAAAAAACACCCUAGCAUUCCUCAUCUACGCUUAAACAACACUUCAGCUGGUUCUGAGGUCAGCUCAGGUCAGUUUUUAAAUAGCAUAUCCCAGAGAGAGGAAGUCCUGAGCCCUGCCAGCUCGAUGGAUUUUCUCACCUCCCCAGCAUCCUCUAAAGAGUCUAUUCUCUCUGAGGACUGGGACAGGGAGAGGAGCUGGCCAGCACUCCACAUGUUGUCAACCGAUGGUUCUCCUGUGUCCCUUAGUCGCACAAUCUCCCCGUGUUCUUCCGUAACAUCAGGAGCCUUUAUGCCCUCAGUGGUGAGAAUCAAGAGGCACGCCUUAGCUCCGGGCUCCAGUUUGAUGUCGUCUGCUUGUGGAACACCCUGCUGUGGCAGUCAGUCGACUUCACCGUGUCCCCUGUCUCCCAUUGCUCGACACAGGCCUCCACCAACCCAGCUUUCCCUGUUAACGGCCAUUCUCAGGAAUGGCCAUCUACCAGUCCUGUCUUCUGCUUUACAGAGACCCUACACCCCCUGCUGGCCCAUCAGUCCAGUUAACAGGUCAUCCUUUUUAGCAUGUUCAGCUGCCUCUGACAUUGCACCCAUGAAUGUGUCCAAAGCAAAGUCAUGUUCCCCCAUAUAUAUACCCUCUAGUGAGUCUUGCCAGAAUUCAAAGCCACAACCUCUGAAACCAGACCUCAGUUCUUUGUCAAUGUCAUUAUUAGCCAAGGCACCUGAUGAAAUCCUGCUGAAACCACAUAAAAGACUUGACUCUUGGCUACAUGUCACCAGUAGUAGUAUUGUCUUACCUACAAAACACAGCCCUUUGACUUCACCAAGCUUACCAACAUUCAAAGCUGCCCCUGCUCACCUGUCAAAAUCAGGUCACAAGGACAAUCAUUUGCCAACAGUUCCUAUCCCACUUUCGUGUACCUACUUCUCCAGCAUAAGGUCCUUGUCUCCUAAAUCAAGCUCUAUGUCCUGUUGCAGCCCUGAGAAUACAUCAGUGUCAGGUGAUCACAAGGCUUCUAUGGAUCCAAACAAGUCUUUUGCAAUCUUAAAGCUUCAUGAUGAACCAAAAUCGGAAAUUGAUUCCUUAGAGCCAAAACAGGGUCAGAAGUCAUUUGAUCUCUCUGCUGAGCAAUCUCUGAAACAUACAGGAAAGUCUUCUGACUAUUUAACCUCACUGAUACCAAAACCUGCACAGAAUUCAUGUAAAUCCUCUUUUCCUACUCUAAAAUGCACUUUAGAAUCAUGUGAUAACUCCACAUCACCAGUUUUAAGCCACACAGAGAAAAAAUCAGGUACUUUCCUCCAAAAUGGCAACAAAAGCGAUGUCGAAAGAGUGCACCUGUCAUCCCCGGCUUUUACACUUUCUCCCUCUCCCAAACCUGUGGGUCUCACCUGUCUGUCCUUCACACCUCCAGCCUCUCCUGCUUGUCCCUCAGCCUACCCAAACUCCCGGUCCUCCACCCCAGAGCGCUGCACUCUUUCCCCCUCCCCGGCGGCCCCGAGCCGUCAGCUCUCCCCAUCAUCCUCAUACUCCCUCUGUUCAUCACCCUCUCUUUCCCUCUGGGGCAGCACACCAGACUGUGCAGACAGGGACAGUAAAAACAGAAAGACAUACAAGAUAAAAUCCACCUACAAGGCCCUUGCUGCUAUUCCUACAAAUAUACGCUACUCCAGGAACAGCAGGCCAUAGAUGAUGAGGUCAACAAGAAAGAAGCAUCGCUUCACCUCACGGACAACUACGCAUGGGAGGACCCACAUUCAGAGAUGUGCUCACCGGCGCAGCUUCGUCAGCAGUCUGCAGAAUUGUACGCCACCAUCGAUGAAGUCCUAG